AUGUCUCCAGCAGCAGGUUCAAAGCUGUACCUCAUCCCCGAGGAAGUAUCUCCGUCUUCAUCUGCAACAACAAUAGACUCUUCACCUCAGACGUCCAACAUCGACGAUGACGAUUUCGGUAGACGACCAAGUGACUUCGAGCUCGAUGACCUCUUUCACGAUGAUGAACCGCUUCUAUCCGAGCACCACGAUCAUGUGCGACAGAAGGAACAAGAACAACAGCCUGUGCCUAGAGCAUCGAGCUCUGCGACGAAGUCAACGUUUUGGACAUUGGUCAACGUUGUCGCGACAGUCUUGAUUGUCUUCACAAACAAAGCUAUCCUCUCUGGCAACUCCCUCAAACACGCACAACUCUCCUUCGCAGCGUUCCACUUCACCAUCACUGGUCUUGUGCUCUUCAUUCUCUCCCGCCCCAGAUUCGCCUUCUUCACACCCAAAUCCGUCGCUGUUCGACAGAUGAUACCGCUCUCCACCGUCAUGGCCCUCAACGUCAUCUUUCCCAACCUCUCGCUGGCAUACUCGUCUGUGCCAUUCUACCAGAUCUCCCGUAUCUUGAUAACACCUUGUGUGGCUGCUAUGAACUUUGUGCUCUACAGAGCUACUCUCCCCUUUUAUGCUUGUAUGGCGCUAGUUCCGGCAUGUGUUGGUGUCGGGAUGGUGUCGUAUUUUGACACCAAAGCCACGAGUGCGAGUGCGGCUACGACUGGGCUGUUGGGUGUCGUCUUUGCAUUUCUGGGUAUUUUCUUUUCGUCGCUUUACACUGUCUGGCUUGAGAGUUAUAGAAAACAGCUUAGUAUGACGAGUAUGCAGUUGUUACUCAACCAGGCUCCUUUGUCUGCGUUCCUGCUGCUGUACUUUAUUCCGUUUGUUGAUAAGGCUCCUGAACUGGACGGUUUAUCUCUAGACCUUUGGGUCUUGAUUCUCAUGUCUGGCAUCUUUGCAGCCUUGGUCAACGUUUCUCAAUUCUUCAUUAUUGCGGAAAUGGGUCCGGUGACUAGUACCGUAGUCGCUCACGGCAAAACCUGCAUUAUCGUUGCUAUCGGCUGGUACAUUUCCGGUAAAGAUGUUGCUGAUAAGUCUGUCAUCGGCCUCAUGAUGGCCUUGCUUGGAAUAAUCCUGUACUCGGCCGCUAUUUUGAGACAGGGCCAUAGGGCAUAA